AUGAUUUGCAAUGAAUAUUUCUUGAAGCGAUUCUUGUCGUCUGACGAUGACAUAGUAUCUCCCUUAGUCAAGUUUGUAGUGGCAUUGGUAACACUAGAUUUUGUGCUGGCAAAGGUCUGCCUUUUUUUCUUUUGUCGUUUUACUUCAUUUUUUCUUCGUCUUUCUUUUUCUUCUCUUUUUUUUCUUCGUCUUUCUUUUACUUAUCUUUUUUUUCUUCGUCUUUCUUUUUCUUCUCUUUUUGUUUUUUUCUUUGUCUUUCUUUUUCUUCUCUUUUUUUCUUCGUCUUUCUUUUUCUUCUCUUUUUGUUUUUUUCUUCGUCUUUCUUUUUCUUCUCUUUUUUCUUCGUCUUUCUUUUUCUUUUCUUUUUUUUCUUCGUCUUUCUUUUCUUCUCUUUUUUCUUCGUCUUUCUUUUUCUUCUCUUUUUUUCUUUCUUUCAUACAAAAAACAGAUAUAGAAAAGCCACUUUCAUUUUUACUUUUAUACCUCCUCCACCUAUCCCUCACCUUUCUUUCCUCCCUGCCUCCUCCUUUCUCUUUAUCCAACCAUCCCCAUCUCUCUAACCUUCAUUAUUUCUUUCCUUCGUUCAUUUCAUUCAUCGCAACCCGACCCCAACGACAUAGCAAGAUAAUCCGCACCCUGUCCCUACCGAUUACGGGACGAGCACAUCAACCACCCAUCGCUCAUCACCCAGUCGCCCGUAAUUCCCAUGAGAAUCGUCAUUAUUUCUUUACCUUUCUUUCUUUUUCAUUAUUCCUUAACAUUUCUUUCUCUCUUCUUUUCCAUUAUUCCUUUAUAUUUCUUUUUUCUUCCCCACUUUUUCUCUUUCUUUUUCAUUAUUCCUUAACUUUUCUUUCAUUCUCUCCUUUUUAUUUUACCGUUUUUCUUUUUCCCAACGAUCUUCCAUCUUUUUUUACUCCUUUCUUAUUUCUUUUAUUCGAUUCUCUUAUCCUUAAAAUUCCAUAA